UACACAUAUAAUGACAAUCUACGAUAUAAACUUCAACAAAGUGCAGCCCAGCCCCCGGGCUCUCCGUGUGGCUGAGGCGCCGGCGGCAGCGGCCCGCCCGGGCCGCUCCGGGACCCGCCAGCAUCCCGCCUCCCCGGUAAGAACUGCGGCUAACUGCUGCGUGACUGACCGGGCCAUCUUCUUGGAGCGCCUACAGAGGGAGGCAAACAUCGUGGUGGAAGCAAUCGAGGCCUCCUUGAAACAAGAGCUCUUCUUCGAGCGCCUCCAGAGGGAGGCAAACAUCGUGGUGGAAGCAAUCGAGUCCUCCUUGAACCAAGAGCUCUUCUUCGAGCUCCUCCAGAGGGAGGCAAAUAUCGUGGUGGAGGCAAUCGAGUCCUCCUUGAACCAAGAGCUUUUCUUCGAGCUCCUCCAGAGGGAGGCAAACAUCGUGGUGGAGGCAAUCGAGGCCUCCUUGAACCAAGAGCUCUUCUUCGAGCUCCUCCAGAGGGAGGCAAAUAUCGUGGUGGAGGCAAUAGAGUCCUCCUUGAACCAAGAGCUCUUCUUUGAGCUCCUCCAGAGGGAGGCAAACAUCGUGGUGGAGGCAAUCCAGUCCUCCUUGAACCAAGAGCUUUUCUUCGAGCUCCUCCAGAGGGAGGCAAACAUCGUGGUGGAGGCAAUCGAGUCCUCCUUGAACCAAGAGCUCUUCUUCGAGCUCCUCCAGAGGGAGGCAAACAUCGUGGUGGAGGCAAUCGAGUCCUCGUUGAACCAAGAGCUUUUCUUCGAGCUCCCCCAGAGGGAGGCAAACAUCGUGGUGGAGGCAAUCCAGUCCUCCUUGAACCAAGAGCUCUUCUUCGAGCUCCUCCAGAGGGAGGCAAGCAUCGUGGUGGAGGCAAUCGAGUCCUCCUUGCUGCAGUGCCACCUGUGAGUGAACCCCUUCGGAACGGAACCUCCUGGCGGCGGCGAUGACUUGAACGGGAUCAUUGCGGAGGUGGCGGCCAAUAGCUGGGCUGCCCCUUCAAGGCGUGGCCCCUCUAGAAUACCCCUUCAGGGCGUGGCCCCUUUGGAGGAUGACCCCUUCAGGGCGUGGCCCCCUUGGAGGAGGACCCUUUCAAGGUGUGGCCCCUUUGGAGGAUGACCCCUUCAGGGCGUGGCCCCCUUGGAGGAGGACCCUUUCAAGGUGUGGCCCCUUUGGAGGAUGACCCCUUCAGGGCGUGGCCCCCUUGUAGGAGGACCCUUCAUGGCGUGGCCACCCUGGAGGAGGAUCCCUUUUGGGUGUGGCCCCCCUGGAGGCUGGCGUCCCCUAGCAGGGCGCCGCCACCGCCUCCAACGCGCCCUGGGUUGCCCGCCGCAGCCUGGAGGUGCAAAUCGGUUUUGUUCCGUCCAGUUUCGUUCCCGUUUCGUUUUGGUCCGGUCAGCCUCGUGCCGUUCCGUUCACGGCCGUCGCGGCUCUCCGGACCGUAGUCCUUCACUGGGUGCGUCUUUUCUCUUUCGUCUUCUCUUCUUGUAUCCGAAGUUUGUGUAUUACUCUUUUUGUUUCUUCAGUGUAGU